AUAAUUUAAUAUUAAUAAUAUUAAUUAUGGAAAAGAAACCGUUGAACUUCUAUGAAAUCGCCAGCGAGGCACCAGCUCGCGAGAUAAGGCUGGAGAAUGAGAAGAGCGUGGCGGAGGCGGUCAACUUCAAUACGAUGCUGAGCGAUCAGCCACCACAGCCGAUUGCUCCGCCCAAGAUCGACGACAUUACGGUGGCCGAUGAGUUGAACGCUCGCCUGGCCAUGGUGCAGCUGCGACCGGAUCGGGCGAAGCGCAUACCGCGCCUGGUGAAAACGGAAAUACCCUCGCCGCAGCAUAUGUACAAGUUCUUUUGUGUUUGCCCACGCUACCAUCCGUGCUAUGUGCCCUGCCAGCACACCGGUCAGAUAAUCAUCGACCGUGAUAUGCUGAAGCGUGAGGAGCACACGUGCUUUUUGGCCACACCCAAGAAGAAUUUCCUCUCGCCCCAGCGACUGAAGCAGCCCCGCUAUAUUACCAAAAAGAUCUACGUGCCCAUAUGUACGGCUCGCAUGGAACGCUUGGCCAUUCCGCAUCCAAUGCGAGUCAGGGACACCUACAAAUAUUUCAGGCACAUUCUCUCCCCUCGCCAUUUGGCAGCGCUGCAAGAGCAAAUGAAGCCGAAGCCCGCGGUCGAGACGAUGUCCCUGGAAAAGGCAAUGGAGUACUUGGAGGAGGAGAUACGACAGCGUCGUGCCCUCCGGAAGAAGCACAAACAGCGCUGCACUGGUCUCAAGAAGCUCAUCAUUGAGCGCCAACGCAAGCAGAUGAUGAAAAUCAUUUGCGUACUCUUCGAAGAGAUGAAGGACUUCCUGCUGAACGAUCAGUUCAUCAUCGAUGAGCAAUCGCCCCUCUCCUCUGUCAUAUUGGAGAGAAUCAAGGAGUUUACUGAGCAAGAAUUCUAUACAACAAGCAACUUGCGCGACUAUCAGCGCAUUUUGGCCAACAAUCUGACCGUUUGGAUCAACAAAUUCAUAUCGAACUUGAACAUAUACAUGGCACCACAACAAAUACCAGUGGCACGCUCGAUGCACGGCGAAAAUGACGAGACAUUCGUGCCCGUUACCGAUUACAUUUCACUGUCGGAGGAGCAGGCCGACGAAAUGCAGGAGGAUCUAGAUAUGGGCAUAACAGAAUAUGAGACCUUUGGCGAGGAUUAUCGUUUUGAUUUACCUUCGGAAGAGACGCUCAUAAAUUAAAUCAAUGCUGAGACGAGAGAGAGAGAGAGAGAGAGUGCAGAGAGAACUACUUACUU